UAACAACAACAACAGGAAGAGCAACAUGCUCCUCAACACCUCCUCAAACUCAACCAGUAGAGAGGACAAUAACAACAACAGGAAGAGCAACAUGCUCCUCAACACCUCCUCAAACUCAACCAGUAGAGAGGACAAUAACAACAGGAAGAGCAUCAUGCUCCUCAACACCUCCUCAAACUCAACCAGUAGAGAGGACAACAACAGGAAGAGCAACAUGCUCCUCAACACCUCCUCAAACUCAACCAGUAGAGAGGACAAUAACAACAACAACAGGAAGAGCAUCAUGCUCCUCAACACCUCCUCAAACUCAACCAGUAGAGAGGACAACAACAACAGGAAGAGCAUCAUGCUCCUCAACACCUCCUCAAACUCAACCAGUAGAGAGGACAACAACAGGAAGAGCAACAUGCUCCUCAACACCUCCUCAAACUCAACCAGUAGAGAGGACAACAACAACAGGAAGAGCAUCAUGCUCCUCAACACCUCCUCAAACUCAACCAGUAGAGAGGACAACAACAGGAAGAGCAACAUGCUCCUCAACACCUCCUCAAACUCAACCAGUAGAGAUGACAAUAACAACAACAGGAAGAGCAACAUGCUCCUCAACACCUCCUCAAACUCAACCAGUAGAGAGGACAACAACAGGAAGAGCAACAUGCUCCUCAAAGCCACCUCAAACUCAACCAGUAGAGAGGACAACAACAACAACAACAGGAAACUCAAGCUACACUCACAACCAACUCAAGUAAACAAACACACAAACAAAAGCGUCCAACUGAAGUUUGGACCAAUCAGACACAGAACACAACAAUAUUUACCGUCAGUCCUGGGAAUAAACCACCGAACUGUGAAUGCAGAAGCAGUUCCUUCACGGAUUUGUACUCAAUGUUUUAGUUUUGACUGUCCCGUUGGUCGGUACGGUCUCUUUAGGUUCACUACCAACUUCUACAGUACUCAUUUUAUUUUGGAACGUGCCCAUGUGGUCCGUUGUGAGUCCAGUGUUAGCUGUCUAUCGCCGUCGUAUAGUGGCAAGCAGAGAGGAGACUGACAGUCCCGCCCACACCUCAGAGCAUCAUGGAAGACUUCCUGACCAAUGGGAGAACAUGAGAGAAACCUUUGACAUCACCCCACC